CUUGUGAUAUUUACAGGCAUGUUAAUGUUUUGGUUCUUGAACAUAUUUUACCUGUUUAUUGGUCGUUUUAUUACAAACUUAUACUCAAAUGUUCCUGAAUACAGAUUCUUUUUUUUCCUGUUUCAUUUGAUGUGUGUAUCCCCACAUUGUGUACAAAAUGGAUUCAGUGAUGCAGCUAUUUGUUUAAAGUAUUUGAUUAAAUGCCUACUGCCAUCUUUUUAUUCAAGGAGUCAGAGGACUGCAGUUUCAUGUAGUAUUCUAUCAAAAGCAUCAUAUAUAGGGAUUACAGCCCACUACUUGAUUCUUUCGUUCGAUAGAUAAAUGCUUGGCCAAAGAAGACACUAUCCUAAGUGGCCAAGGCGCAGCUUAUUACUUCCGUCCUGCAGGGAGUGGAGUGCUUCUUGCUAUCUAUCCUACCACUACCACUAGGCAUCAUUGAUGGUAUUGCAGCAUCUGUAGAUUGUGCAUGUGGGCAUCGAAGCACCCACAUGUUAUGUGCAAAACUCAAAGAGGAAGGUGGCUUGAGAUUUCGUGAUUUAUGAGCUUGGAACUUAGCCCUUUUUGUAAAAGUGCUUUGGCGGAUACAAGCUAAAGAGGAUGUGCUCUGGAUAGAUUGGGUGCGUCACACUUACAUGAAGCGUGCAGAUAUAUGGACAUGGGAAAUAGUCCAUUCGGAUUCCCCUCUAAUCAAGCGCCUACUGCAGAUAUGAAAUCUUCUAUUAUUGGCUGUCGGCUACCCGGAGGCUGUUGGACAAAAACUAGCAGAGUGAUUUGCUCAAGAUGGCGGGGUGGCUCGGGCAUAUGACUUCAAGAGUCAAGAGUCCACCGGCUCUCCAAGAGGCCACAUUGCCUGAAAAUCCUGAAGUCAAUUUGGGGUAGUAGGAGGUUGGCCAAAUAGCAAAUCAAAGAGAAACAUCGUAGUCUGAGCAAGAUGGAGCUCAUCUGAGGAAAUUUUUAAUUGGCUCGGGAGUCCACUGGCUCAAUCCAUAGGCCAUAUUGCUUGACAACCCUCAAAUCAGUUUGGGGCAGGAGGUUGGCCAAAUAGCAUACCAGGAGGAAGCAUUGAAGUCUCAGCAGAUGGAGCUCAUCUGAAUAAAGGCAAGGAAAUUGUAACUAAGACAUGGAUGGUUAAGCAAUAUGGAAGAAAAAAAGGAAGCGGAAAACAACAAUAUAGAUUGGCACAAACAGGCACAAGUUUGGAAACUGUCACAUCAGUGUAAACUGACACGGGUUCAGAAACUGUCCAUUCAGAAACUGAGGAAUUCCAUAAGACAACAACUAUGACCAGGAGAAUGAGCAGGGCCAUGGGUGUCACAGAACCUUCAAGCAAGCAAAUCGAGAUGGAAAGCAAGUGAAAACAAAUAGCAGCACUAGAUACAACAGUACACUGUUACUGCAAGAGAGUCUUAUUUCUUAUACUGAACUUAGCAGGAGGGUACAAGGUGAAUGGGCGUGAGCAACUUGGCAAUAGGAAUGAAGAUUGCUGGCUAGAAUAUACGAUGCCUCAAUAAAUGCCUCAAACAAAAGGGGGUGGAGAACUUCCUCUGUAACAACAAAUUGGCAGUGUUAGGAGUGCUGGAAACUAAAUUAUCAGCACAAGUUAUCAAAAAUUGCAAUUGAGGCGGUUUCAGUAAUUCCAGAUGGAACAACUGGUUGUUCCAUAGGGUUAGAGUAGGAUAUUGUUGAUAUAGGAUGAACUAAGUGUCGAACUUGAGGUGAGGGAAUGGCAUGACCAGUUUGUGCAUUGUAAAGUGACUUGCAAAGUGACACAUAGACCCAUAGCUGUCACUUUUGUGUAUGGCAAAUUGACUACUAUUGGAAGGAGACCAUUAUGGGAAAGCAUGCGACCUCUAUCAAAUGAUAUGGCUUUGCCUUGGGUUGUCCUAGGUGAUUGCAAUGCUUAUCUAUCAAUGGAAGACCAAGUUUGGACUCCCACUCUCACAAAAUAGUCUUACUAAAUUUCAGAAUUUUGUUACAGUUACUGGACUAGAGGACUUAAGCCAUACAAGAUGUAGAUACACAUGGUCCAAUUGUCACAUGUGCAGUAAACUUGAUCGAGCUUUAGUGAAUAAAUAUUGGCGGGAGGCUGAGUUACAAAGUUUUGCUUGCUUCACACCUCCGGGUUGUCUAUCAGAUCAUUCGGCCUGCUCCGUCUCUAUUCUGAACAGUGACAUUCAAAUUCUGAAGCCAUUCAAAUUUUUUAAUAUGUGGGCCAAGCAUAGCACCUUCUUGGAGCUGGUUAAAACCAAGUGGACAGCAGCAGAUUGACCAAGGAACAAUGCAGUACAGAAUGGUGCAGGUUCUAAAAAUUCUAAAAUUAGGCAUGAAAGUUCUGAAUGGCAUGUACUUUCAGCACAUUUCGAUACGAGUUGCACAGAUGAGAUUGAAGGAGGCUCAAAAAGUUGGACUGUCCUAUGGCACUAUGGAUGCCAAAUACAAAGAAAUUCAGCAGGCUGCAUCUCGGUUAAGUGAUGUUGAACACAGUUUCUGCCUACAGCAUGCCAAGCUAGGAUAUUUCAGACAGGUGGGCAGGACUGAAUUACCAACAUCUUGCUUGCAUUUUGGUCAGUUUAUUCAAGCGGCGCGGCAUGAUCAACUAGUCCGGCUUCCCAUGAGGAGAUCAAGGAAGCAACUCUUUGACAUAGGAGAUCAACAUGCCUCGAGCUCAGAUGGCUAUGGAUUGAGGUUUUUUAAGCAAGCUUGGGACACUAUUGGAAGAGAUUUUUCUAAUGCAGUCCUGGAAUUCGUCAACAACGGGAAGCUACUUAAGAAAUGGAACCAUACCUUGAUUUCUCUAGUCCCGAAGUCUUCCCAUGCUAGCAAAGUGAUGGAUUAUAGACCUAUCUCCCGUUGUAGAGUCUUAUACAAGGUCAUCUCAAAAUUAUUGUCAACAAAUAUUAUGGAUAAGUUUUUACACCACAAGCUGCAUUUAGCUUUUCAGGAAAUACAACCGAAAGAGAUUGUCUCCGAGGUGCAUUAUGAAGAUUGACCUGCAAAAGGCAUUUGACUCGGUCCACUGGGAUUUCCUAAAGGAGGUUCUUCUUGGGUUGUAGUUUCUAGGGAAGUUUAUAGAUUGGAUUAUGGAAUUUGUGACCACUACCUCAUACUCACUUGCCAUUAAUGAAGGAACUUUGGGCUAUUCCGGUGAGCUAGGGGGAUGUGGCAAGGAGACUCAUUGUCACCAUAUCUAUUUGAAAUAUGUAUAUAAAUAUUUGGGAGACAUCCAGCAGUGCACAGUUGGUUCGGCCUUCAAAUUUCACCCUUAGUGUGCGCCUCUAAGACUAACUGAAGUAACUUAUGCUGAUGAUCUCCUUCUAUUCAAUAAAGGUGAUGAGAAUUCGGUUGCUGCAUUAUCUACUCGUUUGUAUGAAUUUGGAGAAACAGCAGGUCUUCGAGUUAACAGAUUGAAACCCUGCAUCUAUUUGGCUGAAGUUGAGGAUACGGUCCGCAUGAGGUUGUUGUCCAUUACGGGCUUUCAGAGGGAGCUAUAUCGUUUAGAUAUCUUGGGGUUCCUUUGAGCGGCUUCCGAUUUCGGACUAUAGCCCUCUCCUUAACUCCGUAGUUCGGCGUGCUAAUGGAUGGUCGAGGCACACUCUAUCUUAUGCAGGCAACGCACAACUUAUUUCCUUGUGCUUCAAGGUGUGGAAUGUUUUUAGAUGUCCAUUUUGCCUAUACCUUUGGGAGUCAUAGACCGUAUCUAUAUCACUUGCAGGUCUUUCAUGUGGACAUCUAAGCAUCCUUCAAUUUCUUUGGAUGAUAUGUGUGAACCGAUGGAGAAAGGAGGAAGGAGGCUUGGGAUUCCGAGAGUGAAAGAGUUAAAACUUCAUUAUGCUAGCUAAGGUACUUUGGCUGUUUGAGGUGAAAGCAGAUGCUCUUUGGAUCAAAUGGGUCCACCACAAGUAUAUAAGGCAUGUAGAUGUGUGGUCUUGGGCCUCCCCCUUAAUUAAUAGGUUGCUGCGGAUACGAGACCGAAUUCUUUCAUAUGUCGGUUGCUGCUGGACAAAGACUGGCAGUUUGGUUCGCACAGGUCGAUAGAGUGGCUAAGGCAUAUUUAGACAUCCCAAUCCAAAAAAAGGUAUGGGCACGAACGGUGCGGAAGACUUACUUGCAGCCUAGUCACGUUACCACUUGUUGGAUGCUGGCCUUGGGGCAUCUUCGCACUAAAGACAAGCAGGAGUACUUAGAGGAUGGGCGGUGCGUAUUUUGUCGGCAAGUGUUGGAGACGCAUGAGCAUUUGUUUUUGGGUGCCCUCCUAUUGUUGAGUUAUGGAGGGUUAGAGACCGACUUCAUAUGCGGCAGGCGAGGUCCACUUUCAGACGGGCUCUUAGGGUGUUUGGGAGAUGUUACCGUGUGAAUAGGGUAUUAACAAAAGCUCAGCACUGAGCUUUGUCUUUGCUAAUACACUAUAUAUGGAAAGUUAGAAAUAAAUGUAUCUUUGAGAAUGAGCAAUUGAAUGUUGAGCGGAUAUUCAAGAGUGUGAGUAUACAUAUAUACAGGUCUUCAAGGGUGUACUCUAUCCGCUAUAGACCAUUUCCUAUAUUCUUGACCUAUAAUAUGAUAUUUUUUAUUAUUCAAAAAAUUAUUAUUGUACAGUUUUCUCAUCUCCUUGUCUCUCUAUCCAAGUUUUUUUGCGAAGAUGCUUCUUAAUUUAAGAAGUUUUGAAGAAUGGCAUCCCGUGGUUUUCAUAUGUGUAACUUACGUGGCUGCCCAAUGAGCAUCCACAUGGGCUGGCCAUGUGGACCUUUAUAGAUCACACCAUUGGUUGUGCCACUUCUAGUGUCCAUCCUUUUUUGUCCCAUGCGAUUCACUCUCAUGGGUACUUGAGUUUACGUUUGCAUGCACACAUGCAGGGACUUAUUCACAAGUUCAUGUUCAACCUUGCACUCUCGUCCAAUUGCAACUCAACUUGGACUAAACUGCUGAUAUGCACAAUUUUCUCCAUUACUCAAAUAGCUUCAUUUUGAACAUUUACUAGAGAACUUAGUUUAUGAUAAUAUGCUUGUGGUACAAAUUAUCCAUGCCCCUACUCUAUCUUAGUGGUUCUAAAAAAUCAAUUUUCGACAUAUUGACCUAUACUUGAUAAAUAUUUGGAUAGGCAAUAUGGGAAUACAAUACCAUACUUUCUUUUGUAGGCCAUCAAUUUUUUUUAAUUCUGCUACAGUAUUUUCCAGGUUAAGAUUUACAAUGUCUAAUUCUGCUUCAUCGUCUAGUCCUAGUCUCCUUAUAGUAAACUAUUUAGUUGUCAAUAUUUGAAUUCAUUGUUCAUUGUUUUAGUAAAAUGAGAUUGAAAUAUCCUAACACGAUCUUUGAUGAAUGCCUUCAUAAUUAUGGUUUAUUUCUAACUUCUUUGUUUUUGUG